CUGAGAUUCUUACCUGUGUGAGCUCUCUAGGGUUUUAGAAGUUGUAUAAGGAUAUUUCAAGUUUAGGGCCGCACAAGAUAAUGGAUCGCGGAUCUGCUGCAGAUUCCAGGCUUAUAAGAUCUGGAAGUGCUGUUGAGAGCGCAAGCGUGAGGAGUAGUUGUAGUAGAUGGAAGCCAACCGACAAUCAGAAGAGAAUAUUGGAGUCUCUUUUCGCGAAUGGAACGAGAAAGCCAUGUUUGGAGGAAAUAGAGCGCAUUACUGCAGAUCUGCAGGGGCAUGGUCCUCAUGUGCAAGGCAAGAACGUCUUCUACUGGUUUCAGAAUGCCACUGCCAGAGAGAAACGGAUGAAAGAAUCAUCCUCAAGAUUGCCCUCAGUAUUCAAGGCGCGAAAUUGGACUUCUCUUUUCCGUUCGAAGAAGAGGUCAUCUGAGAAAAGCUAUGUAGAGGGAGAAGAAGAUCGCCGGUAUUCAUCGGUAGAUCCGUCUGACGUGAGAACUUUGGAAUUAUUUCCUCUGCAUCCCGGUCUGUGACGGUGUUGGCAAGAAUGGUUUUGCUUUUUCUUUUGUGUAGGGUUUCAUAAACAGAAUCGAAAUAAUGAUAUUCUAGUUAUGAAGUAGUAGCGCAUGCUGCAUAUUGCUGCGGUGUUACGAUAUAAGUUAUAGUUUUCGAUGUUGUAGCAAUC